AAAGGUGUCUAGUGAUAAAACUCGAUAAAUGAGGCAGUGUCUUGAAAUUUUCCCAACAAGAAAUGAUAAAGUAAAGUAGCCGUUGGAGUUAUCGUCUAUUUAAAGACGUCUCGGCCUUACCCAAGAAAGUCACCUUCUGAAAAAGCAGGGUCCCGAAAGAUCCUCCAUAUAUCGAUACGCAACGCCUUCGUCUCUCUCUAUCUCUCUCUCUCUCUCUCUCUCUCCAAGAAUCUAACUUUUUUUUUUCUUAUCAGAAAGAUCUAACCUUGAAGAGGUUUUGUUUAUGAAUUAAGCUGUUUAUAUUUACUUUCUAGUGUUUAUUAAGUACUUUUAAUUCCUCUGUACACAAUUUUCUCAGAAAAUUUUCAGGCGAUUGAUCCGUGUUCAUUUGAGAUCAUUGCCCACUAGCUGUUUUUUUACUAUUUCUUUCGCUGAAAUUUCCAUCUAGUUCAAUCAUUAACCAGUUAUGGAAGCAACUCUGUUCAAUUCCUCCACAGAUAAAUCGAUUUCUUCAUACAAGCAGUUGGGGAAUGCUAAGAGAAACAACAAUCGGAGUCUCAACUCUUCCAGUUUCCACGGCGGUAUCCUCCACGCGCCGCCACUUUCUCUCUCCUACUCGUACCCUCCUCCGCUCUCUGUUUUUCAACAAAAUCAGCAGCAGCAGCCACCUCUUCUCCCUCUUCCAAUCCCCAAACCAAAUAACAACCCUAGGAACCGCGGCAUUUCGUGCCCUCCCGUGAACCGGAAGAUCAACAACAAGCCGAAGUCCAAAGCGAGGGCGUUUGGCCCGAAAAGAGUUGACGCAGAAAAACAAGUCUCGAAAGCUUCUUCUGCGAGUUUGGUGGUUAUUCCGUCGGGCAAGCCGGUGGGACCCGACCCGAAUAACCUCCCGAAGGAUGCGUACGGGGUUUUUGCUCUCUCUCCUCCGCCGAGUAGCUUGCCUUUGCCGACUUUUUCCCUCAGGCCAAAGCUCCGUUGCAACGCGGAGGCCGCCCCGGGAAUCGAUGACGGCGCGACUGAUAACCUCCGGCGACUUCUUCGACUCCGUUGAGUGAUACUAAUACUCUGUGUGAACGAUGUUUAUGGUGUUUUUAAGGGUAUUUUUGUGGGUGUAAUAUUGUGGUCACCGCCUAAGAUUUUAAAAUGGGGUGCCCAAAGUAAAAUGUGUUGGAUGGGCUUUGAGGGUAAGAUUCUACUUCUUUUUUUUUCCUUUUUUUUUAACCUUUGUACGAAUGUAAAUGUUUGGAUACAUCCGAUACAUGUGAGUUCUACAUAGUGUGCGUGAGACUCAGAUAUAUCGGAUGAUCGGACCGAGACACAUAUGUGUCCGGUCUAUGUUGGGAAAAUCCGUCUGUGUCCCAACUAAUUUUCCUUUUCUCUUCUCUUCAAUAAGAAAAGAAGCAGCUGUUUUACUUCGCUAUCAAA